AUGUCCAUAGCAGCGUCUACUUACCUAUCUACCUUCUUCCAUCUGUACGCUACCGCCCCAGUCUGGCUACGAGCCGCAACGAGUCAUGCCACGGGCCUGGAUGUAAACGUGGUGGUCUCACGGGAGAUUCUAAGCGCUUCAGUGCUGAGACUCACGGACUCGUCGAUUCGAGCCAAGCAAGCAAGCAAGCGCGGCUGCUCACCGACAGCAUCAUCCUUGGUCCAGCGGCCUGUUCCCGAGCUUUUCCGGAAAAAGCCUCUCGCGAGCCUCCCAAUUGCCAAGUCUCUCUUCCCCUUGUCACCAAUCUCGAUCUGUUCCUCUCCUCCUCUGUGGUUCAUCUACUCUAAGAUCUACGGUCAUGAGCCUCUGUCGGAUGCCUUCCGAGAUCCUUCGGCUCAUAGCACAUUGACCAGUCGCCACUUCGAGCACGUUAUCCGUGACGGGGUCAUUUGCCGAAGCGUCCUAGAGACCGCAAAGAAUGCCAGAUAUUCCCCAGAAUAUAGGCCUUUCAAGGACACAGAGGCCAAAGAUGACGCCAAACGAACGAAAGAGUAUGCCAGAGCUCUGAGAACACUCGUCAAAAGGCGCAGAGCCGUUCAGAUGGCGAGGCCUUUUCACGUCCUGGAAAUCUCCAGAGAAGCCGUUCACUUUAUAUAUGCAAAUGGCGCCGUGUGCUAUACUACGAAGCGAACCUCACCUGUCCAUCAACACCACCUGCGAAUACUGAAUCUGAAGGGCCCUUCUGCCAGAGAAGUGAGCAUAGACGUUCUUAAGCUGAUAGAGGCAUCCGCCGUAUCAGAUUUUGAAGAAAGCCGGCCGUACCACUUCAGACCGCUUUAUUAUGCGCACGGCAUAAUUUCAUGUUUUUUCGACCAGAGAAAAUCUCCCGGUACUGGUCGCUGGCUCAUCAUAUAUAGCCUGAAAGAUAACAGGAUUCUAAGCUCCUACCAUCUGCGCUCGAGUUCGAAUAUCUUUGUUCGCAACAACGAGACAUAUCUCUAUUAUGGCUCAAGGUCCGAACUGGUGGAGGGAAAGCGACGAUGGUCAAUUCGUAGGUUCGACCUGCAAAAGUCAAGCUGGUUACCUCGAAAAUCCAUCCUUCGGGAUUUGGUUGGCUCUGAUAUCGGAUCGACUAUAUGUUUCGAGCUCUUUGGCGACCACCUGUAUGGCGUUUCGAGCCAGGAAGCGACCGAAAUGGAAGAUGUCGAAUGGGGCUCGCCGAAAAGCCCGCCCAACUCGUUCUAUUACGCCUUCCAGCUCACUCUGGGAGAUCAUCCCACUAUCAAGGACUUGCCGAGAUGUGCUCUGUGGAGGCGAGGAGCCACAGACGGUCCAAUCGACGACCGUUGGAACCAACUUCAGCUCGGACAAGACGAGAAAACCGGCCAAUUGUCCAUAUUCGAAACCCGAAAGGAGUGGCUCACGUCAUGGAGCCGACGAUCCUGUUACCGAAAGCAGCUCUUCUGGCCCUCUUCUCUCGAGAACACCGACGAGCAUCCCGAGGGCAAGUCCUACAACGGUUGGAACAUUACGCCCCCAAAGGAGAUGGAGUUGGGGAACAGUGUCCACCGAGGUGAUAACGGCUUCUGCGCUUCAACGUUUGACUUCCGCAACUCUCCGGUCCGUUCUUACAACCCAAGCUGCCAGGCCUUUGUGGACAUUGUAAGCACAACCACGGCCUCGAGCCCGACAGCCAAGCGGUUGCGGUUGCGGGUCAGAAGCCGACCGCACGAGUCGUGCCCAACUCUGGAUUCAUCAUGCCAGUCUGCAUCAUCACCGAACGGAGUGGCCGAUGCUGUCAAGGACCCGGAAGAACAACACGUCAGACUCUGGCCGGUGGACCACAUGCAACAAGACGGGCAUCGAAGCACAUCCCGAGAGCAGCUUUGGAACCAAUAUGUCGACGAGCUUCUGAAUCCCAAGGCGUACUUUGACGACAUCGACUCGGCAAUGGAUGAGAGUGUCAUUGUUUACUCUCCCAAGUCUCUCUACCCUCCCGAUGAGCCACGAUCUAUUGUUCUCGUUUCCUUUGAUCCAAGCCUCCAUUUCGAGGGGCUGUGCCAUGCAAGCUCGACACCGCCACCUUCAAUGUACGACCAGCUGAACAAAGCGAGCUCACCUGAGAGUGGAUGUGACUUUACGAGGAUACGUGGUCUGGACCUGUCUCGCCUCCCAAAGACAAGCGAAGAGAUGACCCAUACGUCCUCCACCACAUCACCGAAUUAG